AUGUCUGAAAUAAAUGCCGACAAUAGGAUUGGGAGUCCGGGAGAGACCUUACAUUCGGUGGGUAUUUCGUGGACUAAUAUCCGGGUGUCGACUAAAACACAGAAAUUUAUUUACAAUUUCUUUGAAACUAAGAAAAUGCCGAAAGAGAUCAUUCGUAACGUAUCUGGUUCAGUUAACGCUGGAAGUCUAUUAGCAAUUAUGGGCGCCAGUGGCUCCGGAAAGACGACUCUAUUGAAUGUAUUGACGGCAAGAAAUUUACGGCAACUGUCCGUCAAUGGAGUGGUACUCGUGAAUGGACAGGCAGUCAGUCAACAGACCAUUGCAUCCAUUUCCUCGUAUAUACAACAACACGAUUUGUUUCAACCCAUGCUUACAGUCAGAGAGCACCUGAUGUUUCAGUUUAAUUUAACGAAAUGUGCGGAAACAAGGAUUGGAGACAAAAAUCAUUUUAAAGGCAUUUCCGGCGGAGAAAUGAAAAGACUGUCCAUUGCUUCGGAAGUCCUCACAAACCCUUCGCUAAUCGAUGAGCCGACCACUGGUUUGGACGCAUUUAUGGCCAAAAGUAUAUUACAAGUGCUGAAGACUAUGGCAUCGGAGGGACGGACUGUCAUCUGUACUAUACAUCAGCCCUCGUCUCAAGUGUUUGAACUCUUCGACAGUCUAUUACUUAUGGCUGACGGAAGGGUAGCUUUCAUGGGCUCUAUCGGUACAGUGACGCCAAGAAUUUCUUUUCAUCGCAAGGAUUAG